AUGCCGAAAAGAAGCUUGCAGGAAUGGGAGGAAGAAGCUAGGGAAUCGGUACCGUUUUUAGCUAGCGAUGAGAAAGGCUCGAACUACAGAGAUGCAAGGCUCAAUGGUGGUCAGGCGAAGACUGAGAGUCAUCCGAGUGUGAAGCCCUGGGUUCAUUUUGUCGCGGGAGGAAUCGGCGGGAUGGCCGGUGCCGUGGUUACGUGUCCUUUCGAUCUGGUGAAAACUAGACUUCAGAGUGAUGUCUACCAGACGGUGUACAAGUCUGCUGCCCGAGACGCUUCUGUCGGUCCUAGGGCUUUCCACUUUGUUAGCCAGGCGGGUAUUCAUUUUAGGGAGACUUUGGGGAUCUUGGGCAGUGUGUAUAGAAAUGAAGGAUUUCGAAGUUUAUUCAAAGGUCUGGGGCCUAAUUUGGUCGGAGUGAUACCAGCGCGGAGCAUCAAUUUCUUCACAUACGGUACUACUAAGGAUAUCUACUCGAAAACUUUCAACAACGGAGAAGAGGCAGCUUGGAUCCACCUCAUGGCGGCCGCGACCGCCGGCUGGGCGACUUCGACAGCUACCAAUCCGAUAUGGAUGGUCAAGACACGGCUGCAGCUGGACAAGGCUGGUAAGACCACGGUUCACAGAAAUUCUUGGGAGUGCCUGAAGAGCAUACUGCAGAACGAAGGUAUUCGCGGGCUCUACAAAGGUUUAAGUGCUUCCUAUCUGGGGUCCGUGGAGAGCAUACUACAGUGGCUGCUUUAUGAACAGAUGAAGCGAAUGCUGCGGGAGAGAUCGAUAGAGAGGUUUGGACAUAUAAAUGAGGAGCGUAAGAGCACCGCGGAGAAGAUCAAGGAGUGGUGUCAGAGAUCAGGCAGCGCGGGUCUCGCUAAAUUUGUGGCCAGUAUAGUAACGUAUCCGCACGAAGUAGUGAGAACUCGAUUGAGACAGGCACCGCUGGAAAACGGGAAACUGAAAUACACAGGCUUGCUCCAGACUUUCAGGGUGAUUGCUAAGGAGGAAGGUCUCGCCUCUAUGUACGGUGGUUUGACGCCUCAUCUAAUGAGAACUGUUCCUAAUAGUAUCAUCAUGUUUGGUACGUGGGAACUGGUGAUCAAGUUACUCUCCUGA